UUACUGCACAUGCGCUCUACUAUCCGAUUACGGUGAGUAGAAUGAUUCAUGCAUAAUGGCAGACGGAGUGAGAAGUUCGAGCCGAAAUACCCGCGGUUUGUUUCGGCAAAUGCAGAAAAUAUCCUCUGCUGAUCUUGUAUGGGGACAUCAGAAUCUCAAGAAAAAGAAAACUACUGCCUCCAAGGACUAUUUUCCCGUUGAGAGGCUCGUGUCGAAGAGGACCACACGAUCGACGACCCAAUUUUUAAUCAAGUGGAAAGGCUUUAGCGCCUUCUUUAAUAGUUGGGAGGAUGAAGAAAACCUCACUACCGAUCUAAUCAGAUCCUACAACAAGCCAAACAUAAGCCAGGAAAGGCUUAUUCAAAACAUUGAUGCCCUUAGGGGAUCAAUUCUUGCCAAAUUGAAAAAUAAAAAUAGGGGCAAUUUUAUUUUAGAUUUUAAUUAUGAUUGUUUAAGGUUUUUGUUUCAUGGAAAGGGGAGGGAAGCUAGGCAGAAAGGGCAUAUUUUAUUAGAAAAAACUGAUUUUGAUAGGUGCAAAUUUCCUGAAAACUGGGAUGUUGUGUGUGACAUACAGGGAAAGCUUCAAGAAGAUCAACGAAUGCUUAUUGAGAAGCUUUCCCUGGACUUCAGCCGACAGCCAUGUACCUUUGUACCAUAG